CCUUCUUUACUUCCUCAAAUUUCAGUACCAAUCUACAUCAUUCAUUCAUCACUCUACUUUGAAAAACACCAACAAAACACACUCACCCUUUUCAUCAAAGAAACAUUUUUGCAUUAUGGUUAAGACAGAGAUCAACAAGAUCAACAAAGAGAAAACAAAACAAAUGGCACAAAAAACAUCAUCAUCAACAUCAAGAAAUGUUUCAAAUGAGAUGAAGAAAAAGUACAAAGGAGUUAGAAUGAGGAGUUGGGGUUCUUGGGUUUCAGAAAUUAGAGCACCAAAUCAAAAAACAAGAAUAUGGUUAGGUUCUUAUUCAACUGCUGAAGCUGCAGCUAGAGCCUAUGAUGCAGCACUUUUAUGUCUCAAAGGUUCAUCAGCAUCAAAUCUCAAUUUCCCUUUAGAAUGUUCUUCACAUUUCAUUCCUCAAGACAACAUUGCUAUGUCACCUAAAUCAAUCCAAAGAGUAGCUGCAUCUGCGGCCGCUGCAGCAUCUGUAGCGGUCGAAUCUGCUGCUACCGGUGUUGAUAGUAAGAACAAUAAAAUUGCUAUUAUCACCUCCCCAACAUCUCCACCCAAUCAUGUUUCAUCAUCUUCAUUGGUUUCAUCUCCAUCAAUGUCAUGUUCUCCUUCUAACCAAAUUGAUGAUGAUGUUUCACUUUUUUCUUCUUUUGGGGCCUACACUAAUGAUCAUCAAGCAACAAAUGAAUCAAUGGCUAUGAGCAUGAAUAUGAAUAUGAUGGAUUGUUGGUAUGGUUUUGAUGGGUUAGAAUCUCCAAAACAUUUUGAUCAAAUGCUAAAUGGUUCUUUGUUUGAUAUUGAUUCAACUCAAGUGCUUCUUGAUGAUUGGUAUGAAGAAGGUGACAUUAAUUUGUGGAGCUUCUACUAAGACAAAUUCAAGAAAAAAAAUUACUCCAAUUCUUUUUUAUUUUUCUUCAUAAAUUCAUAUUUGUUUUCAUAUAGUGAUAGUUCUUGAAGCUAUUAUUACUGACUGUGACAAAAUUAAGAUUAUUAUAUAUGUAUACUCUAGAAGAUAUUCAUAAAGAGAAAUGACAAUUUUUGGUCUCUCUUUUGUGAAUUUCUACAUAUGUGAAAUUAUUAUAUGUAUUAUUGAAGCAAAGCUUGUUAUUUCUAUUUUAUAAUAUUUUUCUUUAUGUUAUGUAAUUUACAUAUCAAUGUCAGAAAAAAAAAAAG